AUGGGCUGGUUUUGGUCCUCGUCAGCCCCCCCUCCCGCCAAAUCCUCCGCCUCCCCUCCGAACAAACCGUCCUCCGGCCCGGACAAGCCGUCAUCCCCCGCACCCCCGCCCGCCGAACCCGUCGACCCCGAAAUCCAGCACUUCCUCAACCUCUUCGCCCCCAACCCCGACAGCCAACCCGCCCCGCGCCAGCCCCCGACACCCUCCCCGCCGCGCGAGCCCCCUUCCCCGGCCUCCUCGUCAUCCGUCGCCUCGUGGCUCGCUCUCAAAGCGUCACCCGCCCGCGCACCCGACGCCGCCGACGCCCCCGUCGGCGACCCCGUCUCCGAGUCCCUCCUGCCCACAGACAUGUCGUGCCGGCAGGCCUUCGACCUCGCCUGGAGCUGCAACGGCCUCGCCGGCCAGUUCAGCUCGGUCUACCGCUACGGCAGCAUGCGCUCGUGCAGCGAGCACUGGGACGACUUCUGGUUCUGCAUGCGCGCACGAGGGUACGCCGGCGCGCUCAAGGCCGACAUGGUCAGGACGCACUACCGCAACAAGGCGUAUCGCAAGUACGGCGGCGGCAAGCCCAGCAGCGAGGACGUGUGGGAGCCAAGGGCGGAGAAGCUGCCGCCGGGGUCGGCGUUCAGCAUGCCCGCGGGCGAGGCGCAGGUCAGCGAUGAGGAAUGGAGGAGAAUGGAGGAGGAGAGGAGGAGGAAAAUCCGAGAAAAACUAGGUUACGAUGAGCCUUAA